CUUAUCUACUUCCUUCUUGUUUCACCAAAUAUCUUCCAGCAAAAAGGAAGUACGUCUAAAACCGUAACACAUUUAAUACAUUUUUGAUCAAUUUCACUGCCAUGGCAACUCAAACACCCCAUAUCAUCAUUCAUCCGAGUCCUGGUAUGGGUCACCUAAUCCCACUCAUUGAGUUCUCUAAACGACUCGUUCACCACCACAGCUUCACCAUCACCGUCGUUAUCCCCACCGACGGUUCUUCUACAACACUUCAAAAAUCGACGUUAGAUUCCCUUCCGACCUCCAUUGAUUACGUUUUUCUCCCUCCCGUUGAUUUCACCGACCUCCCCGAAGGUACAAAAAUGGAGACUUUGGUCUGUCUAACGAUGCUUCGGUCCCUUCCCUCCUUCAAAAACACCAUGGCGUCGUUGGUUUCGACGAAAAAACUGGUGGCGUUGGUGGUUGAUCUUUUUGGGACCGAUGUGUUCGACGUCGCUAAAGAAUUUAACGUCUCGCCGUACAUAUAUUUUCCGUCUACGGCUAUGCUUUUGUCUUUGUUUCUUUAUUUGCCGGAGCUUGACCGGACGGUUUCGUGUGAGUAUAGGGAUUUACCCGAACCGGUGAGGAUACCUGGGUGCAUACCGGUAAACGGGAAAGACUUGUUGGACCCGGUUCAAGACCGGAAAAAUGAAGCUUAUAAAUUGGUUCUUCAACAUGCGAAGAGGUAUAGGUUGGCUGAUGGGAUUAUAGUGAACAGUUUCAUGGACAUGGAAAGAGGAGCCAUUAAAGCUUUGUUAGACCGGACAGAACCGGAUAAACCGCCGGUUUAUCCAGUUGGUCCACUUGUUAACAUGGGUGACGGGUCAGGUUCGGAUUCGGAUUGUUUGAAGUGGCUCGACGAUCAGCCGGACGGGUCUGUUUUAUUCGUCUCGUUCGGUAGCGGCGGAACCUUAUCGUCGAACCAGUUAAACGAGUUGGCUCGGGGAUUAGAACUCAGUGAGCAACGAUUUUUGUGGGUGGUGAGAAGCCCAAACGACAAGUCGGCUAACGCCAAUUACUUCGCCGUGCAAAGCCAAAACAACCCUUUCGAUUUUUUACCCAAAGGGUUCCUCGAGAGGACGAAAGGCCGUGGCCUGGUGGUGCCGUCGUGGGCGCCGCAAGCUCGUGUGCUUAGCCACCGUUCAACUGGCGGGUUUUUGACCCAUUGCGGGUGGAAUUCGACGCUCGAAAGCGUCGUCAAAGGGCUACCGCUGAUCGCGUGGCCGCUUUACGCCGAACAGAAAAUGAACGCCGUCAUGUUAACAGAAGAUAUCAACGUCGCAUUGAGGCCAAAACCCGAUGAAAAUGGGUUGAUUUCCGGCGACGAGAUCGCUAAGACCGUUAAUGGUUUAAUGAAAGGUGAAGAAGGGAAAAUUGUUCGAAGGAGAAUGAAGGAUUUGAAAGAAGCAUCGGCCAAGGUGCUUAGUGAAAAUGGGUGUUCCACCAUCGCACUCUCUAAGGUAGUUACCAAGUGGAUCGAGAAAACUGGGAUUUAAACUCUGAAAAUAUAUUACGACUACCAUUAUAAAUUUAAAAAUAUUAUUUUUUAUGGACCAUAAUAUAUUAUUUUAAAAAUAAUUAGAUUAUGUGAAUCGACAUAAUUGUUAUUUAAAUAAAAAAUAUUUUAAUUCUGAUUUAA